AUGACGUUGAAGUCGGUUGUAAUCCGCGAUCUGGUUUCUCAUAUUACCUCGUAUACACAAGUUCUUCAACUCAGUCUGAUAACCUUGUCACUCGGUUCCUUAUGGACUCAACAAAAGUCUCAAGACCAGGUGCAUGUUGCAAUCCGAAACUUGACCGACGAAAUCCGGGCUGCGAACCUCAUCUCUCAUACGAGCACGGGUCAGAGACGAUCGCCCACUGAAUGGGACGACGAAACUGAUACGAGGCUGGAUGAAUCUCUCUCUGUAUCGAAAGAGAUCCAAGCCUGGCGAAUGUCGGCCGACGAAGUGGCAGCCGCAGUCACUUUGCAAAAUGCAGAUCAACACCACUCGUUCUUGUCAUUCAACUCGUCAUUCACCAAAUUGGCAUCAGGAAAGGACCCGGACUCUAAACAAGCCUCAGGGGACGUUGACUCAGACGACUGGGACCCAGAGCCCGAACAUCCAGACGGGCCAAGUAAAGACAUCCUCAGUCACCAGUAUGAUGCGAACCAAGAAAUAGUCGGCCGCUUGGUCGACUGCGGUAUAUUUCUCCGGGCUUCGCUGUAUCAGAAGAGGGGCAUCCAAAUCCGAGAACAGCUCAGUCAGCCUGGAUACGAUUUCGAAUUUAGCUUUGCUCAACAAGCUGUCAUGAAAGAACGACUCGCCGAUAUCCUUCUUAGAAAUGAAACCGAAGAGGAAAUUGCCGAGGCGAAGGGGAUUUUGCAUGAUCUACUUCGAGAGGAGGUGAAGCAACCUGAGGAAUCUCGGGAUGUCGAACGACGAAGUCGCUUAUAUCAUGACCUCGGGAGCCUCUACAUCAGACUCGGCGAUUUGAUAAGGGCGAAGACGUUUCUCAGCCGGGCUCUCGAAGGCAGAAAGGAUCAAGAGCCCAUCCCGGUUGCGUUGGUACAAGAGACAGCAGAUUUGUACAUAAAGGCUCUGCAGCUUGACGGGGCUUUUGACGAAGCGCGUGGUGUGGAGGUUUGGGUCAACACCGCCAUCAUUCCGUUAACAAGUCGUCCGGCAUCGCCUCCUGAUUCAGACUCUGUGCCAGGCGCCAGAAGACCAUCAUCUAUGGGAGAGCUUUCUCAGGCUUUUCAAUGGUGUCGAGAGAACGGUUUCAAUAUCGAUGACCCGACUGGCUUCCGCUUCGAUACUUGCGACUUCAUGACACGAACCUCGCCGCUCCACAAGGCCAUCCAAGACGAAAACCUCGAGGUACUGAGGCAAAUGGUGGGGCAUGUGGUCAGUCUCGAGAACGGGGGCAAUGUCGGUCUGCCGACGCCCUUGCUGCUGGCCGCGUCGACCAGAAACCGUGACAGUGUUGGGCUCUUAUUGCAGACCGGCGCGCGGGCCGACGUUCGUGAUAGUGCAGGUCUGAGUCCCCUGCACCGAUGCCAGAACAAAUCCGGUGGUGUCAACGUUGCCCGACUUCUCCUCCAUGGUACUCCCAGUCUCUUGGAUCUCAUUGACAAUGCGGGAAAGACGGCGCUGUAUAUGGCCUGCGAGAUGGGAAACGAGGUAAUGGUCCGGUUUUUGCUAGGCGAAGGAGCCGACCCGAAUAUUUGCCACCAGACGAGGAGAGCGCAGACAUCCUCUCCCUAUUUGAGCAACAAUAACGUGUGCACUCCAUUGAUUGCCGCGAUCCAGGUUGUCGCAACAAGAAGUUCCCGCAAGAUCGGAAUGAUCGACGUGCUGCUUUCUCACGGAGCCGAUCCUCGUCUGACUGAUGCCAAUGGCAGAAACGCUUUUCAGGCGGCUUCCAAUUCCGGGUUGGCUGGGUCGGAGAUUAAGCGACUUCUUCAACAGUAUUCGCAAACGUCGUCUCGAAAGUCUAGCGAUGCAUCUACAUCCACCAUCUUCACCAGGUCGGAGGAGCACUCUCAUGCGGUUUUGGAGCAAGUCAGAGUCAACCCACUCAGGUGUUGA